ACACCAUUCCCAUUUCCACCCGGCGCUCACUCUCACCCUGUCUCUGCCGCGAGCUUCUCUCCCACGACCGAUGGGCUCAGCUUCAGGUGAUUCACCGGAGAAAAUUCGAGAUAUAUGCAUGACUCCUACGUCCAGUCGCACGGCCUUGCAUGCCGUGCGCGCACGCACAGAUGACAGUAGCAGGGAGCAUCUGCUGGACGUCGCCGACGGGCCCAAGAUACGGGUGCGUGGGCUGCGGCGGCGGUCGGAGGCGAGCGGCGAGGAGAUCCUGCGCGGGGUGGACCUGGACGUGCCGCGCGGGGCGGUGAUGGGCGUCAUCGGCCCCAGCGGUGGCGGCAAGUCCACGCUGCUCCGCGCUCUCAACCGCCUCUGGGAGCCCGCCCCCGGCGCCGUGGCCCUCGACGGCGCCGACAUCUGCGGCAUGGACGUCCUCGCGCUCCGGCGCAAGGUCGGCAUGCUCUUCCAGCUCCCCGCCAUGUUCCACGGGACGGUGGCGGACAACGUGCGGCACGGGCCGCAGCUGCGGGGCAAGAAACUCACGGAAGCGGAGGUGGAGAGCCUGCUGAGCCUGGCGGACCUCGACCCCGCCAUGUCCUCCAGGCCGGCGUCGGAGCUGUCCGUCGGCCAGGGGCAGCGCGUCGCCCUGGCCCGCACCCUCGCCAACGACCCGGAGGUGCUGCUGCUGGACGAGCCGACGAGCGCGCUGGACCCGAUUUCGACGCAGAACAUCGAGGAGGCCAUCGUGCGGCUCAAGGAGACGAGGGGCCUCACGACAGUGAUCGUCUCGCACAGCGUGAAGCAGAUCCAGCGCGUCGCCGACCUCGUCUGUCUCGUCGUCGACGGCGAGGUCGUGGAGGUGCUCGCGCCGUCGGAUCUGGCUGGGGCCAAGCACCCCGUGGCCCGGCGCUUCCUGGAGCUCAGCUGAAUAUGUUUGUGCCUUCGCUUACCUCAGACUUGCUAUGGCGACGAAUGUUGCGUGCGCUUUGGAGGAGUAAAUUACACAAAGUGGUUGUGGUAGGGUAAUCAGGUAAUGGGCUUUCUUUUCCUUCAGUAAAUGGGUUUGGUGGACAUGAUUGACAUGGGAUUAUAGGCCUAUUCGGCUA